AUAAUUAAAAAGAAAAACAUGUUUUACUGUUUGUGAUGAUGUUCCCAAAGUGGAUCUUGUCUUCCACGUUCUCAUUUUCGAAGCUUCUCUUCAUCUUCUUGGAGCAUUAUUAUUGAAUCAGAAGUCGUAAAGCGAACCCUAAUAACAGUUGUACAGUUCAAUUCAGAUCACAGAUACUUCAGCGAUGGAAGCAGCACCUGCCUUCCUUUCCUUUUGGGUUUUGUUAUGCUUUUCUCUACUUUUAGCUGUAAUUAAUCUCGUCAGUGCUAACUCCGAAGGCGACGCACUCUACACCCUUCGCCGCAGCUUGUACGAUCCGAAUAACGUGCUCCAGAGUUGGGAUCCGACCCUUGUCAAUCCUUGUACUUGGUUCCAUGUCACCUGCAACCAGGACAACCAGGUCACUCGGGUUGAUCUUGGCAACUCAAACCUAUCUGGAUAUUUGGUACCUGAACUUGGGAACCUAGAACAUCUACAGUAUCUUGAGCUUUAUAAAAACAAUAUUCAAGGAACAAUUCCUCCGGAGCUUGGGAACCUGAAGAACCUUAUUAGCUUGGACUUGUAUAACAACAACAUAUCAGGAACCAUUCCUCCUUCAUUGGGGAAGCUGAAGAAUCUUGUCUUUCUGCGGCUGAAUGACAACCGGUUAACUGGUCCAAUCCCUAGGCAGCUUGCUGAUGUUAAAAGCCUUAAAGUAUUGGAUGUGUCCAACAAUGAUUUAUGCGGAACAAUUCCUAUGGCAGGGCCAUUUGAGCAUAUUCCAUUGAAUAACUUUGAGAAUAACCCUCGGUUGGAAGGUCCGGAGUUGUUGGGACUUGCAAGUUAUGAAACAAAUUGCUCGUGACUAACAAAAAGCCUUGGGAUCUGAAUCUAAACUGAACUAUACGUGUAUUAGAAAAUUAAAUUGUGUUAUCUUGUACUGUAAUAGGCAGCUGAAAAAGUAGCUCCUGUUGUAUGUAACUUUAAUAAUUGAAAUGGCUUGUCUUGUGUAACUGUGUCAUGAUGUUUCUACCUAUGUUUUGAGACAUUAAUUGCAACAUAGGUGCUUAUUGCUGAUUU